AUGGCUGCUCGUAUAUACAUUGGUCGCUUAACUUCUCGCGUUUCGGAGAAGGACAUCGAGCACUUUUUCCGCGGAUACGGACAAAUUCGCGAUGUCCUGCUGAAGAAUGGAUUCGGAUUUGUUGAGUUCGACGACAAGCGUGAUGCUGAAGAUGCAGUUCAUGACUUGAACGGAAAAGAACUCGGUGGUGAUCGUGUCAUUCUGGACUACUCGAAGCCACGAGGAGGAGGAGGAAGCGGUGGUGGAUAUGGAGAUCGUCGCGGAGGAGGACGUGUCAGCUCUUACAGCGGCGGUGGAGGUCGUGACCGUUUCGACCGCUACGAUCGUGGACCACCAAGAAGAGAAAGUCGUUAUGGUCGUCCAUACAGCACUCGUCAUCGCGUCCUUGUCGAGAAUCUCUCUUCCCGCAUUUCUUGGCAGGAUCUCAAAGAUCAAGUUCGUCGUCAAGGAGUGGAGCCAACUUAUGCUGAGGCUCACAAACGUCCAAACGAGGCACUUCUUUGCUUUGCAACACCAUCGGAUCUCAAGAGAUGUAUCGAUAAAUGCGACGGCAUGGAUUUGAAUGGCCGAAAAAUCAAAAUGGUCGACGACUCGCAAGCUGGAAGCGGUCGUUCUAGAUCACGCAGCCACUCGCGUAGCCGUUCUCGCAGCCGUGAUCGUCGUCGCUCUCGUUCUCGCAGUUCAAGCCGCUCGAAAAGCCGUAGCCGUUCUCCAGUGAAACGCGCCAAGCGCGAGUCCAAGUCUCGCAGCAGAAGCCGCUCUCGUAGUGCUGAUGGAAGAAAGUCGCGCUCUCCAUCGAAAUCCCCAAGAAAGGAUCGCUCAGCUUCACCCGCCCGGCGCUCACGCUCUCCAUCCGAGAAAGGAUCACCAAGACGCUCGCGUAGCGCAUCACCAAUGGACAACGGCGACAACUGA